GUCUUGGGCCCUGGCCCUGGACGCAGAGGCUUCUGGGAGGUAUGAGUCGUAAUGGUGUCUGUCUGAUUUCCGGAGGCUGUCGCCUUAGACCUCGGCCGACGUGAGCGGCAGGAGGGUGGCAGAUUGAUUCUCUCGUCCGAGUGGGGCGGGCGGGAGGUUGGGGUCGGAGUCGGCAACAGAGAACCGGGCGCGGGCGGUGGAAGCCCCGGAGCAGCGGGCGGUGGUAGAGCCCAGCGAGUCUCCGGCCGGCCGCGGAGCGCGGAGCGCGAGGGCAGCUUUGCGGACGGCGCUAAACAGCGUCCACACGCCUCCAUCCCCCGAGCCCCUUACGAGUCGGGCCUUUGGGUGAAGAGUCAGCGAAUUUCUGUUUUCCUUUAAAGCAUAAAAGAUGACAACAGCAGCUAGGCCGACGUUUGAACCUGCGAGAGGUGGAAGAGGAAAAGGAGAAGGUGAUUUGAGCCAACUCUCAAAGCAGUAUUCGAGUAGAGACCUACCUUCUCAUACAAAGAUAAAAUAUAGACAAACUACUCAGGAUGCCCCUGAAGAGGUUCGCAACCGUGACUUCAGGAGAGAGCUGGAAGAGAGAGAGCGAGCUGCUGCAAGAGAAAAAAAUAGAGAUCGUCCAACACGAGAACAUACAACCUCCUCUUCAGUAUCAAAGAAACCUCGAUUAGACCAGAUUCCUGCUGCCAACCUUGAUGCAGAUGAUCCUCUAACGGAUGAGGAAGACGAAGAUGAAGAUUUUGAGGAGGAGAGUGAUGAUGAUGAUACUGCAGCUCUUCUUGCAGAACUAGAAAAAAUUAAAAAAGAAAGAGCUGAAGAGCAGGCCAGGAAGGAACAAGAACAGAAAGCUGAAGAAGAAAGAAUACGUAUGGAAAACAUUUUGAGUGGAAACCCUCUCCUUAAUCUCACUGGCCCAUCCCAGCCUCAGGCCAACUUCAAAGUUAAAAGAAGGUGGGAUGAUGAUGUUGUUUUCAAGAACUGUGCAAAAGGUGUAGAUGAUCAGAAGAAAGACAAAAGAUUUGUAAAUGAUACUCUGCGAUCUGAAUUUCACAAAAAGUUCAUGGAGAAAUAUAUUAAAUAGUACAGUUUUAUGUGCUUAAUUAAAGACUGUAAAAUGUAAACGAUCAUUCUCACUUUUUCUUCUGUUUUUCUCUUUCCCCAUCUAAAUUGUGUAUAGGCUUCCCUAAUUUUAGGUUCCAAAAUAACCUGUCCUUUAUUGAUACCUUAUUUGAUGAGGACUUGGGAAUUGGUUUAACCUAGUUUCCUCGGAAUAUCUCCAGUCCUAUGUUUUCCUUUUAAUAUGGGAAAGGGAAUCUUGUAAUAAAUAUUUUCAAAAAUCGAAAUAACUAAAUCUGUGUUCCCAACUUUUUUGUUGAAAUGUAUGCAGCUUAUAAAACGUUGCACAUUUUCUUCUGUGAAUUAUAUUUUUUUGUGUGUUAACUUCCUCUCAUUUCUUUGACAUUAAUUUAAGGUCAGUUAAUGUGGGAUAUCUUCACCAUGUCUUUUUAAGAGUGUGAUGGAGGAUGAAGGGCAUUCUAUUUUGGCCCACAUGUUUGUACGAAAGAGAGUCAUCAACCUCUGCUCUCUGAGUGUGUGUCUGAGGACACGUGGUGUAUCCUUCACUUCUGCAAGUGCUCCUUUCUUUUUCUCUUGGCCCAAAACCACCCCUUAAGCAUGGCUAGGAAGCAUGUGGCAUUUAACCUAUAUUCUGGAUCCUCAACUGCCGUUUUUCUUCUUAAUAAGAGUUUGCAAACUGACAAAACGUGAGAUGCAGAGCCUAGGAAAGUUUAACAUCAAAUGAUACAAGAAAUAAAACUUUUGGAAAUAGGA